CGCGUUGAAGCUUUUUAAGAUGGUGUCAUACUCAACAACCAGUCUUCGAAAUUUUCGAUUCUCCAGUAUUGGCAGAAAUAGGUUUCUCCUGCUAAACGUGUGCAUUUGAUUAAACAAGGCUAUAAAUGUGUGAACAAUGUUGACUUUGACGCAACGUCCAGCAUGUGGGGUAUGAAGAUAAUAGAUUUGCGCUGCAGGAUGUGUUUGAGAAAAGUAGGAAGACGAGAGAGACACAGUCAAAACAUGCCAAUAGUACAAGAUCUAGGAAAACCUAAUCAGUGUAAGACAAGAGGCAAAGAUGCAAAAGUGGCAAAAGUGUUUGAGAGAGGGAGAGACACAGCAAACCUGUAAAAGAUUUCGUGACGAAACACUCCGACGCCCUUAAGGCAGUCUGCACUGAACUUUGUGCGAGGUUUAUUGCAUGGUGUUGCUUUUAUUCAAGAAUUUCUUUCGGCAAACAGACAUUUCCUGUUGUAUCGUAUUUGAAAAACCUCACUCAUCAUGAUGUAGUAGCAGAGAUUGAUUGCUGAAACUGAAGAAUCUCCACCCAUUGUAUACUACAUUUUACAACUGAUGAAAAUACUAGAAGCCCCUCUUCAAUAUAAGUAGUCAUCACAUUUCACUCGCGUCUUUUUCCUAAUUAGGGCUCUACUGGAACAAAUACAGUGACCACAUUUAUUACGCCGCUUACCUUAGUUCUUCCUAAAGAACCUUACAAAGUCCAAAAAGGUCCAAAAAGAUGUCGGCAGGAGGCGGACAGGAGGGUUUCCUCCCUCCGGCUGGGGAUUUCUCGAGUUUCGACAGUGCCUCGAAUGCCAAAGACCUCGACGAAGCUCAAUUAUUGCGAAUCUUCAAGCAUUUCGAUUCGGAUGGAAGUGGUAAGCAUCGCGAUUGAACUACGCAGUUACUUGAAUGAAUGAGUUGAGACUGUAACCUAGGGUAAGGAACCUUGGCCCCCACCUAACCUAACCUAACAUCGCGAUUGAACUACUUGUACGUUAUUAUUUGUAUAAGUACUAGACACGAUUGAACUACUUGUACGUUUAUUUGUAUAAGACUACACUGCUCUGCAACAAACAGGUUCAAUCGAUGUGGAGGAACUGCGAGAGGCGAUGAUGGCUCUGGGCAUUAAGGUCACUAUGGCCUCAACAAAAAAAAUUAUGCAUACGAUCGACGCGGAUGGCAACGGUAUCUAUAUUAAGGACUUCUUUUUUGACGUAGUCUGUUGGGGGGACUGCAGUUGUAUAAUAAUUGUUCUGUACUACACGACAUGAAGGAUGGAAGGUUUAAGGAAUUUUUCUUACUACAUGUUUGUCACUUGAUCUGCAACCUUUAAUAAGAGCAAAUGGUAGGAAUUUCACAGGUACUGUCGAAUGGGACAACCACAAUUUCAAUGGAACAACCACAGGUACUGUCGAAUGGGAUGAAUUUCACACCUUUUUCGAGAAGUGCAAGAACCCGGAGGAAAUUCGUGCUCUGCUAAACAGCCAGAAUGCUAAGUAUCUGGACUACAAUUAAGACUUCUUCCAUGAGGAAUUCAUCUUGAGAAGAAACAUCGCAUCUUUGGUGACCCCCUUUUCUACUUCAAGGGAGGAAAAGAACGCAUAUUUCACGGAAGGAAAAGAACGCAUUACGCCCGUAAAUUCUGGCUGUAUCAUCAUCAUCGUCAUCAUCAUCAUCAUCAUCAUCAUCAUCGUCAUUGCCUCCCUUUUCGUUAACAAGGGAACAACAAAAUAGCCUCGUCAAAGAUGCCUACUUUCAAGAUGCGUGAAUAUGGGUAAGAUAUGUCUAAUAUAAGAUGAUGGUGGAAGGAGAUCCAAAUUUUGGGAAGCGAUUUUUCGUGCCACCAUCCCGUGAACGCAAGUGGAAAUACUCAGCACAUGUUAUGGAGGCUAGUGUUGAUGAAUGGAUUCUUUUGAUGGGGUUUCUCUUUAUUUAAGAUUUCAACGCGUAGGGAGGUGAACAACUGUCUGUUGUUCAUCUCACAAAAAGUCUAGAAAAGUUAAGUAAUCUAGACAAAAAGCAUUCGGACCUACUUGUAACAAGACUCAAAAUGCUUAGCCGCCCCAAUCCUCUUUCAUUUUUGAAGAUAGCGUCGAAUCAGUAACAUGGGUAUCAAAAACGAGUGACUAUUUCCUCACUUGCAGCUUGGAUGGGAGCUUACGACUUUUUGACGUGAAUACAGGUGAGCAAUAAUGUUGCUGGUCGCUAUUUCAGUGACUCUUUGACGGGAACACUACUAUACCAGCUACACUUUUUUUUUUGUAGUCCGAGAACGCCGAAAGUGUGACCCCAGUGUUAUCCGGUGUACCUGCCGGCGACGGGUGGAGUGAAUACUACUUCUGUACUGCCAUCGCUACAACCUUGCAGGCCAACUACAGUAUUCUGCACCCAAUUGCCGCACAUAAAACUACACAGGCAAGCAGCACAAGAAGCUCAUUGAGGAUGUAGAAGGUGGUAUUUAUUGCGUGAACGUGAUCAAUGGAGGUGAAAAGUGUAUCGCGGGUUGUGGUGGAAAGGAAAACAAUAUUGGGCUCUUCGAUUUAUCGAAAGAUGGUACUGCGAUAUAGGCAAAGUUUUGAACACUCACUCCAUGACUUGAUCUGUGUGUUUCUCUUCUCCUUAGAAAAGGUAUGCAAGUUGCAAUCACAGUGGUGCAAAGGGUGUGCAAGCUGCUGGCGCUGUGCACUAAAUAGUAUAACGCGAACAACGUAUGAGGGAUUUGCUACUGUCUCCUGUGACCUUUUUGGUUCCUUACUUGUCUUGACUCAGAAGAUUGACCCUCAAUAACCUUUUCCUUCAGAGAAACAAACUCACAAUCACCACUCCAGGUCUCGAGGUCCUACCCAAAUCCCAAACUGACAAACCCCUUUCCUCAGGUGCCGACUCCCGUAUCAUGUCGUACCAGGGGCCACCAGCACCCGUUUAUUCAGUGUGCGCAGAAAAGACUAAGCAGUCGGCUUAUUUUCUAGCUGGAGCAAAAAAUGGUCACAUGGGUUGGUAUGACGUCACCAGGAAAGAGCCGGUGAUAUCCAUGACCUCGUUUCAUGAAAGUACUGACUCCAUUUGAGUCUUCUCUACUUUUGGAUUGCAGUUUUUUGCUUUGAGUCGAUGUAACUACAGUUGUGGUGGUCUAUCGAUCUCUUCGACUACACGGCCUCUCGAGGCCCACAUUCCCCACGACUUUUUCCCUCAAAAAUCGAUCUCAAUGUGUCCCAUCCACCUCCCCAAAAAUCCCAAAAAAAGGUGUCGUCUACUCCGUGGACUUGAACAAGGAAGGAAAUAUGAUGUGCUCAACAUCGCAGGAUGGUCUAUUGCAGAUUGCCGAUUUUAGGGGUGGCCUAGAAUGGAAAAUAAAUCACACAGUAGAGGAAGCAGCGGCAAGUGGAAUUUGCUUCAAAGUCCUCUUUCGAGGGGAGCGGGAAUUCCUAUCGUGCGGUGAUGGUAGAGAAAACUAUCACUUGAUAGAAGACUAUGACCUAGUUAGGAGUAGAAAAGCAAUAUAGAUGCUUGUGUGCAUGACGAGGUAGGAGAAAAGCACGACUUGUGUGAACAAGUAGAACUAAGUAGAACUAUUCUUGUGACUGAAAAUAACCGAGUUAUUGACUGAAAUAAGGAAGGCACUAGCUUAUAACGUCAAGGCUACCCUUCCUUGUUCAACAGUAUCUCGGUUAUUCUCGUCUGUUACUCGCUUAUUUCAGUUUUUCGAAUACUUGUUGUUGUGUACCUACUCGUGGCUCAAGAAUAGUUCUACUUAGGUCUACUAUUGUUGUAGGAAGAGAACUUUUUCACCGCCUUCAGAUUACUGCGUGAAAAAAUGGGAUUUGCGACAGCUGAAGAAAGGCCCAGUAGAGAAUUAUCUCGGAGUAACAUCGCCAAUCCGAGAGAUCUGCAUGUCAGAAUGCGAGAAAUACCUAGUGUCAGCAAGUAGCGAUGGAUGCAUUAGGGUACCACUUUUAUUUCGUUUGAAAAAGGAUAAGUAAGAGGUACUACUUAACUGAUUGGCCUCACACAAAGUAGACUUCCAUUGCUUUAUAAGAGGAGGUACCAUGACACGACAAGGAUGAGAUAGAAGAACGCUCAUGGGUAUCGGUGGAAUGUAUAUUGGGCUGGUGAGAUAAUCAAGUCAUUCAACUUCUCUCGAUAAAUGCGAUUUUACCGCACUGCUAGUAGGAGCAACUUCGAUAUCUCGGAAGUACUAACUCUCUAUGUCCUUUUUUUCGUGAAGAUCAUCAAAAUUCAUAUCAGCCCUCAGUUUCUUUUUGUUAUCCACCCUCCACUCGCCCCAAUAGGUGUGGGUAAUCGACGAGCGGGAGUACAUUGAGCAGGAUCUAGAGCAGUGUACUAGAACCAUCGGUAACCUGGAGAAAAAGAGGACCGUAUUCGACCAGAAGCUCGGCGACGGCGAUGAUGUUGACGAAGAAGAAGUGAGAUCAGUGGUAGGGACUAGGACUACUCAGUAGAUGAACUUCUUGUUCUCGUGAUAGCUUAUACUUGAUGUUUCGUUCUUCCUAGGUUGCUGGUAUACAGUCGUGGUGAGUGACUAUUAGUCUUGUGAUGCAACUUGUCGUACACAAUCCUCCUGCUCAAGGUGAAGCAAAUUUUCUUCGUCAUUCUUUCGAAGAAAUUCACUUUGAAUCCAAAAAACCUCAAAGCACUACUCAGUUACCUCAACCUUGUUUUACUAAAGAUUAAUCCACCUAAACCCUAAACGACCCUAGAUCACGGACUUGGAGAAGGCAUACACUAGAGGCUUAUCAGUAGCAAGCGCAGAGGCAGAGAGGUAUGCGAUGAGCUGUGUGCAAGCGAAAUUAGGUCUAGACGGUCACACGUUGCCAGUCACGGCUUGUGCGUGGCGAGACCAUCCUACGGAAGCGGGAAGAGCACAAAUCAUUAGUGGUACUUACAAAUUUUGUUAUUGGUUAUUUUGGAAUUUCGAUUUGUACUUAACAAUUAUUAGUGGUUAUUUAGGAAGAGCACAAAUCAUUAGUGGUACUUACAUAUUUUGUUAUUGCUUAUUUUGGAAUUUCGAUUUGUACUUACAAUCAUUAGUGGUUAUUUAGGACCACGACAGGACCACGACAGCGCCGGCGCUUAGUUAGUAGUGAUAAGUUCUUGCCUGACUUUUCUUUUUUUCGGUUUUUGUUUUUUCUAGUUAGAUAUGCUCCACCAACAUUAUUAGUGGUUAUUUGGGAAUAAUUUCGAUUUCAAUAUUGUUGUACUUACAUAUUAGGAAUUGCGUUGUCUUGAAAUUAUAUUUUGGAAUAAUUUCGAUUUCAAUAUUGUCGUUCCUAGUGAUGUUGACGACGACACCUUGAUAGUAUAAACUCUGGGUAGAAGAAGUAGAACCUCGAAGUCUGGUCACCACUUAAGCGACUAAGCGCUGACUCGGUCUCCACUAAAGCCACUAAAAGAUGACUUGUCAUCACUUAAGCGACUAAGAGAUGAUUUGUCAUCACUUAAGCGACUAAGUUGGUGAGCCACUAAAGGAAUAAGUGGUGAGCCAGUCACUAUUUAAGCGACCGCGUGGCGCCUAAGUGCCUCAGAGGCGUGCCCCUUAAGUGCCUCAGAAGCGUGUCCCUUAAGUGCCUCCUCAGAGGCGCGAGGAGAACUGAGCCGCGACACUUAAUCGCAGCGCUCAACUGGAGCACUCAAAAUUAAGCACGCCAAUUUUUGCUGUUGAUACGUUCCUAACUUUUUCCGCAACACCCAACCCUAACUGAAGCAUGACUCAGGUUCUCAAGAUUGCAACACUCAGCCGUAUAACUGAAGACCAUGACUCAGGUUCUCAAGAUUGCAACACUCAACCCCCUAAGUGAAGGAUGACUCAGGUUCUCAAGAUUGCAACACUCAACCGUAUAAUUGAACCAUGACUCAGGUUCUCAAGAUUGAAACAUUCAACUCUAACUGAACCAUGACUCAGGCUCUCAAGAUCAGUCGUCAAUGUUAUUCGACAUCAAGAAGCCGAACACACACCACUACGUCAAAUGGGGAACUGUCACUGAGGACGCAGCUUCACCGGGAGGCAGGGGAGGAUACGGCGGCUGAGCCAUGAGGCUUAUAGUUAAGAUGGGCAUGCAUUAGAAGUGGAUGAAGAAUAUGAAGUAGAUGAGGACCCAUGUUGUACUUGUAUCGAGGACCACAGUUAUAGAACAAGGACAUGCAGAGAAAGGGCAUGCAGAGGAAGGACCUGUAGAGGAAGAAUUUAGACGAAGUUUAGAUUAGUAGGACAUUUUAUGCUUAGGUCACAUGUGGAACUACUUCUCUAGGACCACAAAAUAUAUUGAGAUCUUCUGAUACACUAGUCAAAGCUUGAAAGAGUAGUAGACAACUUAAUGCGACAAAUCGAAAACCCUCCAAAACGGAGUGGAGCUUUCCGUUGUCAAAGUUGUUUUUUUUGUUCGUCACUUUGAUUAGGGCUUACAAGGACAUAGCUGCUUCUCCUUUAGCACUUCUUUUACCUGUCGUGUAGUAUUCGUUGUCUCAAAUAGAAAAGCAAAAGGCUAGAAUAGUAACCGAGUAGAAAGAAUAUAUCAAGAGAAUUUUGUGAUAGACAGGCUCAUGGUGUUAUGUCACUGAACAAGGCUGUACAGAAAGUACAAAGAAAGUUGUGGUGUUUUUUGUCUAGGCACGAAGAUAAGAAGGUGUGAGGAUCUGUAUGAUGGUUACAGCUUCUGCCACAUGCUGUAGAAAAUUUGUUACUACAAAUCAAAGAUACAACAUCAUGAAGGAGAUUGUGCAUCAUGUUCUGAACGACUGACAGCGAUCAUGGAGCUUACUACUCUCUUUGCUAAUGCAAGAUGAUAAUUCGUAAUAUCGGUGAUUCACCUGGGAAAAAAUUCCAGAGGACUAUUAAGUUAGUAUGCUGUCUAGACCAGACAGCCAGUCUCUCGACAGCUGGAGCAAAGACGUAUUGCUUCAAUAUCGCGGUGUCGAAGAAGCUACCAGGUGGCUCGCUGUGAACAAGCG